AUGGCCGCGGUGCCCAACGGAGUAUCCGCGCAGCCAGCCGGCCCGGGCCCCGGCUUCAGCACCACGGACAGCGCCGGCAGCGGCGGAGGUGGUGGUGGUGGUGGUGGUGGAGGAGGAGGCGGCGGCGGGGGCUCGGGCAGGAUGACCGGGCUCAGUCCUGGGCACGGCCCCGGCCCCGUGAUCCCCAUGAAGGACCACGACGCCAUCAAGCUGUUUGUGGGGCAGAUUCCCCGGAACCUGGACGAGAAGGAUCUCAAGCCCCUGUUUGAGGAGUUCGGCAAAAUCUACGAGCUGACGGUGCUGAAGGACAGGUUCACGGGUGUUCACAAAGGCUGUGCCUUCCUUACAUAUUGCGCCCGGGACUCAGCCCUUAAAGCCCAAAGUGCACUGCAUGAGCAGAAGACCCUGCCAGGGAUGAACCGCCCUAUCCAGGUGAAGCCUGCUGACAGUGAAGGCCGAGGAGAAGACAGGAAGCUCUUCGUGGGGAUGCUGGGGAAGCAGCAGAGCGAGGAGGAUGUCCGGCGGCUGUUUGAGCCUUUUGGCCAGAUUGAGGAGUGUACCAUCCUCCGGGGCCCUGAUGGAACUAGCAAAGGCUGUGCUUUUGUGAAAUUUGGGAGCCAAGCAGAGGCCCAGGCUGCCAUCAACAGCCUUCAUGGCAGCCAGAACAUGCCGGGAGCCUCCUCCAGUCUCGUAGUGAAGUUUGCUGACACAGACAAGGAGCGGACACUAAGGAGGAUGCACCAGAUGGCUGGGCAGCUGGGCAUCUUUCACCCGAUGACUGUACAGUUUGGAGCCUGUGGAGUGUACACACAAGCGAUAAUGCAGCAGCAGGCAGCUCUGAUGGCAGCUCAAGGAACGUGCCUCAACCCCAUGGCAGCCAUUGCCGCCGCCCAGAUGCAGCAGAUGGCUGCCUUCAAUGUCAGUGGCCUCGUCGCCACUCCUGUGACACCCUCAUCAGGUACGAGCACACCACCAGGCAUCAGCACCGGCACUGUCCCCAGCAUUGCUGCUCCCAUUGGGGUGAAUGGAUUCAGUCCCCUCACCCCCCAGACCAAUGGGCAGCCAACCUCGGACACCCUCUACACCAACGGUCUCCACCCCUACCCAGCUCAGAGCCCCAGUGUGGCAGACCCCCUCCAGCAGGCCUACGCAGGAAUGCAGCACUAUGCAGCAGCGUACCCAGCCGCCUAUGCCCCUGUGAACACAGCCUUCCCUCCACAGCCCCCAGUCCUGCCUCAGCAGCAGAGAGAAGGCCCUGAAGGCUGUAAUCUCUUCAUCUAUCACCUGCCCCAAGAGUUCGGAGACGCCGAGCUCAUGCAGAUGUUCCUGCCUUUUGGCACUGUCAUCUCUGCCAAAGUCUUUGUAGACCGUGCCACGAACCAGAGCAAAUGCUUUGGGUUCGUUAGCUUCGACAAUCCAGCCAGUGCGCAGACGGCCAUCCAGGCCAUGAAUGGCUUUCAGAUUGGCAUGAAGCGGCUCAAGGUUCAGCUGAAGCGGCCAAAGGAUGCCAAUCGGCCCUAUUGA